CUUCUCUUCAUAUUGCAUGCAUAUAACACCCUUUAAACUAUUACCAGUUUUCAAAGUAUUAAAAAAGAAUUACCAGUUAUAAAAUUGAUUUAUCAUUUUGAUAUAUAGAACAGAAAUGAAUUGUUCAUGUCCUAUAUGCCCUAAUUUGAAUAUUUAAUAACAAAAAAAAGAGGAGAUAUUAUGGAGUUGGAGAGGACCAAAUCGAUAAAACAACCAAAUACUGUUUUAGUAAUUGGAGACGAAAAAACAUGGCAAGAUUUCUCUACAGAAACGUCACUUCACGGUAUAAAGAACGCAUUUGCCAGGGGAAUAUCGCCGUUUAGACGAAUUGGUUGGAUGUUAAUCGUUUCCGGUGCAAUUUUUUUUUUCUGUUUUCAAGUGAUAAGAAGAGGAAUAGAUUUCGGAAGUAGAGAUGUAACAGUAAAAGUUGAAGUUAUUUACCCAAAGCAACUUGAAUUUCCAUCAGUUACAGUUUGUAACCAAAAUAAAUUCAGGAUGAAAAACGCUAUUGAAUUGGGUUUAUAUAAAUAUUUUACAAAGAUUUAUAGCUUUGACAAUAACGAAACAACUUCGUACGAUGAAUAUUUACCAGAAAAUUACGAUAUGGAUUUCGUUUACAAUUAUACUGGACACAAACAAUCCAACUUUAUCUUUAGGUGCUUUUGGGCUGGUAAACUAUGCAAAUCUGAAUAUAUUACAAAAACUAUUACCGAAUAUGGUAUAUGCUUCACAUUCAAUUCUCCAUCUUCCCUUGAUCCACCAAACGCUUUAACCGUUACCGAUCCUGGAGUUAACAAUGGUCUGUCUUUCCUAUUCAACACUGAACAGUACGAUCAUAUGCCUGGACCAGAUAACGAUGCCGGAGUUAAAAUGUUUCUUCACAAUGACUAUAAGAAACCUUUAAUGGCCGAUUUAGGUUUUGCGGUUGCGGCUGGAAUGCAUACACUCAUUGGAAUCAAACGGACGGAAUCCCACAGUCUUGGUGAUCCAUACGGAGAUUGCGUCAACUCAAAAUACAAAUCGCACGCCGAAUGUAUGGAUCAUUGUCGGCUAAGAGCGGUAGCAUUCGUAUGCGAAUGUAUGCCAUUCGAAGCUACUGCAAUUCUAGAGCCGAACAAGGAUUAUCUCCAAAGAAUCUGCACUCUAUCCGAGAAUUUUAAUUGCGUAAGACAAUUGUUAGAACACGUAAAAUACGAAAAGAAGAGCAUUCGUUGCUCUUGUUUAGUUCCGUGUAAUCAAAUUAUUUAUGAGCCGAACCUAUCAUUUUCCGCAAUAUCAGAAUUUGCAGCUGAUAAGGUUUUACAUACAAACAAAGGGAAAGUGGACAAGUUAGAAACAGACUAUUUGGAAAUAUUAGAAAUGGGUGAAAGAUAUAUUAAUGUUAGGAAAAAUAGGAAUAUGAUUACUGCAUUUACAACAAAAAUGGAUCCAAUUUUCAAAACACUGCAAAGAACAUUCCAAAUAUUUUCAUCAGAUGGAAAAAAUAAUUCUGAUGGCAUAAAAUUUGGAAAUGCACUUUUAAAUGAUAUUCAAAAUAUGGAAAAAAAUUUUCAACUUGUAGAAACUACACUUUUUUCACCAAAGGUUCAACAAUUAUCAAUUUCUUUCAACUAUUUAGCAAAUGUUGUUAACCAUUUCUGGAAUCAACUUUAUGGAACAAUUGGGGUAAGUGAAUACUCAGUUUGGCAACAAUUGAAAGUUUGUCAAGAAAAUAUACAAAAUAUGGGUAGUUUACCUACAGUUUGUGAUAACUUUAUGAAUGAAUUUCAAUUUGGUAACUAUAGAGCAUUUUAUGAAGAUUUUCAAGAGUUUUGGAUUAAAGUUAUAAAAGAUGCCAAAAAUUCUUGGGCUAAAACAUCAGUUUUCACAGAUUUGAUAAGGUAUGAAAAAGAGCAUAUUAACGAAGCUGAGAGAAUAUUUAAUACUCGAAUAAACGAUACAAGAUUACCAUUUGAAAGUAUUUGUAAACCAUUCUAUAAGAAUUUAAUGAAUGCUACAAAAUCAAUGCAAUUCAAUAAUCUAAAUAAGAAUGAUAGUUUUGUUUAUUUUGGUGAGAAAAUUGAAGUUUUUAUCAAUUCAUUAUGGAAAUUUAAAAGAAAUAUUAAUAAUCCAACAUUUCAUUCUGUUUGUCUAUCAAGUAAAAAUGAUGCACUUGGAGAUAUCACUUCAACACUUGAGGAUAUUAAUUCAUUAAUUACAAAUUUCACAUCAAAUUUCUACGAAUUUGAAAUAUCUUUACAAAAACAUAACGAAAUUUAUCAACAAAAUUUAAAUAAUAUUGAAAUAUUUAAUUCAUAUUUUCAAAGAAAUUCAACAACAAAGAAAUGUAAUUUAUCAAAUUCUCUCUGGUUGGAAAAUGUUCUGAGUAGUUUGAAAGAUUUAAUUUUUCUCUUUGAUAAAAUAGGAUUGCAGAAUAGGACAUUUGAAGAUUAUGUUAAUAAAAUCUAUAAGAAAUUAAUACAAAUUGAAGAAAAUACUACUCAUAAUUUUCUUUGGCCUUUUCCGAAAAAGGAUAAAAAUGAUCAAAAUGUUGAAUUUAUUGAAUUGAAUGAUUUCUAUUCAUUCCUUAUUAAUAAAAAACACGAAUACGGUCUUCAUAUCAACUGUUCAAAAGAAAAUUUACAACAAAUACUUAUUGGUAGUUGGAGUACUUGCUUUUAUACUUUUGCAAACAAAAUGGCCGAAUUUGGUCUUCACUUUCAAGAUAUAAAUCUUAUGAGAUUAACUGAUGCAAUAAGCAAAUAUAAUGAUCUAAAACUUUUUAUGUCCAAUUUUAAAAGUUCUUGCAAAGUAAAUAAGGAAUUUUUCAGAAAGAACUUUGCAAAAGUUGAUGUUUUUUACCAAGAGAUGUCUUAUCAAAAGAUUACUCAACAUGAAAAAUUUGGAUUUCUCUCUUUCCUUUCUGAAAUUGGCGGAUUUUUAGGAUUGGUGUUAGGAGCUUCUGUUCUAACUGUCAUUGAAUUUAUAGACUUUUUUAUUUACAAGAUUACAAGAAAAAUCUCUAAAAGAUUUCAAGAAAAUGAUGAUAGAGAAAAUCAUCUAUAGGCAGAAAAUAUCAAACUAUUGCUCUCUCGUUGACAGAAGGCAUUUUCAAAUGAGAUUUUUGAAGGCAACGUUUUGGGUUGGAAAAUCUUGAAUAUAUACACUUGUACUUAAGAUGCGUUUAAUAUGUAUUCAAAAUUGAAUGUGAGGAACUUAUAGGAUACCAAAUCAUAGUUACUGACAAAAGACAAGAAACAGGGUUUAUCUCAAUUUGUUACAGUCAUGCUGGAAUUUAAACUAGCUGUUCAAAAAUAUCGCUGGCUUUUCAUCAUACUGUAUACUUUAUUUUUAAUAAACCAAUAACGUAUGAAUGUUUGUAAAUACAAAACAGCAUACUCCGAAACUACUAAUUACAGUAGAGCAUAUAUUUUAUGCAUUUGUAUAGAAUAAUCUGAGUAUAUUUGAUUUUUUAACACUUAAUCAACAGUUAGACAGUUUUCAUACAUUUACAGCAUAAAGGUAAAUUGAAUGCCAAAUUUUUGAAUGGUAUUAUCCAUUCACUCUACAUUGCGUUAAUUUUUCUUGCUUUAUGAAGUUUCCAGUGAAUGAAAAACUGUAUACUCAUAUACUUCUGUAUCAAAAAUGAAUUAUAAACAACAAAUACACCUGACAAGCACUAACAGGAAGAUUAAUGGGAUCGUUAUGGUUCUGGUUAUAUUAGGCCUA